UACCUCUCCUUUAUUCAAUGGGAGCUGAUUUUUCCUAUAAUAAUUUUGAAAAGUGGAAAGCCCCGUUGAAGAGAAAUAUAAGGAAGAGUUAAAGAAAUUCUGGGAUCAGUUUUUAAAUUUUCAGGCUAUUUUUCCAAUACAGCGGUGCGUAUAAAUUUAUUUAGGUCAUUUCUUUUCCCGUAAAGUGUCGGUUACAGUAGCCUAUAAUAUUAUUCACUGCAGACCAGACCAAAUUUUGCUAUGGGAAUCAUUAUCUCGUUCAUUAUCCUAUUUAUUGCUUAAUAACGAUCAUACUAGUCAUAUCCAAGCGCUUAUGACAAAACUUAUAUCUUAUCCUGUUGUUUUAAAAAAAGUAGAUUUAAAGUCAAGGCCUUCGGAAAAAACUACUUUUAGAAGAAACUACCAACUGCGUUUUGUUACUAAGAAUAAUUUGCCAAUUUAUUGUAGAAAAUGUAAAGAGUGCAUACCUUUCUCAAUAUUUCAGCACAACGCCUGAAAAGGAUAUGAGGGGUUUGGAGGAAGAAUCAGAAAUCUUUUUAAAUAAUUUGUAUGAGGCGUUAGUUAAUAUAUUGCUUAUCGCUAAACGGAGUAGUAAGAAAGAGUUAAGCUUGUAUAUCGUGGAUCUCUUUGAGAUUCUUCUAGGUGGUUUGUACUUUGAAGAAAAAGAAAAAAACAUAUUUUUAAAAGUCUUAAAGAAUUUGAGUUAUAAAACAAAAAAGAAGCUAAUUCGAAUUUUAUUAAAGUUGACCGUUUCAAAAGUUGGUCAUAAAAAUUCUAAUAAAUUUCUAAGGGGAUCCUUACAAGUUUCUCAGUACCUUUUUAGUGCGUUUUCCAAUAAUAGGUGGUUGCGGAGGGACGCUCUCGUAACAAAAAAAGAUAUCAGCUUAACCAGUUCUCGAAUCGGUCCAGAGUCUAUCCAGUUGGUUUUCCCAUAUGGAACCUCCAAUCAUAUCAAGCAAAGAUUUUUCGAAUCGAGUUCAGUGCUAAAGAGCUGCAGCUCGGCAACGGCGAGCAAGUGGUGUAAGGCAGCCUUGCCACCGGCAAGACGGCCCCCCUCUUGCGAGCAACAGGGGUCGAGUGUUUCGUAUCGGAGCGGCUGUCUGCUGCUCUUACUGUUUGCUUGCGACGGGUGGGUUCCCGAUGAUAAUGCAGCGGAAAUAUCUUUUCUGGACUGUCUGGAAGCCUUGAACGAGGAGGACCUGAAGCCCUCUUUUCUUAAAAAGAUCUUCUUCUUUUUAGUGAUUGCGGAUGAAACUGAAGAGCACAAGCUACUUUUACUGUAUCAACUUAUCCGCAAGAACAGAGUUGUUGCCUCUUAUAUAUAUUCAAGGGCGGAUUUGGACCAACUCAUUCUUCCGUUACUUAAACUGCUCUACAAAGCAGAAUGCCUUCAAGAAAAGACGGUUUUCUUAAUUCUUGUAGUUCUUUUCCUUCUCUCGGAGGACAAAACUUUUGGCUCCUUUGCCCACAAGCUGAACAUAAAUUGUGCGGACUAUCUAUCUGGAAAGGUGAUAGAAAAUAUUUCCCUGGGGGGUCUCAUGGUUGGUGCUCUUGCACAUCUUUACCAGCAAACUUAUACAAUCUCGAGAAAAUAUUUUAUAUGUGAAUGUUGCAUGGCAACGAUAACAAACUUAUCUGCAAAGUUUUAUCAGCUGCACUCCUUUGCGACGGAUAAACUCCUCAGGCUUUUUGAGUUCCUCGUUAAACGCUUCGUGCACUUGAACGGGCACACACUGGCACAGCAAGAGUUUUCCAGAAAAGAAAAUGAUGAGGCCCUCGCCUGUUAUGAUUCGCUUUUCAGCUUUCUUUAUAUGUUGAACAACACUUUUCUUUGCGGCAUUCAACACAAUCCCACUCUGUUAUACGGGGUGAUGCAAAAACGCGCUCUCUUUGCUCCUCUGCGGACUCUUGCCAGAUUCCACGAGCUUAUGCAAAAUAUAAAUACAGUUUUAGAUUACUUUAGCGAUAAAGUAGAAUUCUUAGACGUCGAUAAUUCUUCAUAUGAAAUUGUUUAUAGUAUAAUUCAAAGCGCUGCAAAUCUUUUUCCUCAGAAUCUAUUAAAGGAUUCACCCGUGCGACUUUAUCAGUACUAUGAAGAUCCUCAUUACUUCUUUAGGCUUAUUAUAAAUAAAAACAAAGAGUUAAUUUACUGGAAUAUAACUUCAAGUUUCAAGCCUGAAAGUUGAAAUAUUCUACCCCAAG